GUGGAAUCAUCGUAGCCGUUUGAUCGAUAACCUUCAAGAAACCGUCUUCGCCGCCCCCCGUCUUCCUCCGCCGCUUUCACGGUCGCUGAUCCGACUUCUGUCUCGGCAUCGGAUCCAUGUCCAGGUUUCGAGCUCUCCUGCAAGCGUCGGUCGCCGCUACGAAGCGAGCCCUGGCAUGGAAUGUAGAAGAUCUGAUGCUACCAAGUGAAAGAUUUGUGUUCAACUUCAAUUCAAAGGAGGAGUUGAAUAGAUGGCACUUGUACUCUGAUUCAGAAUAUGGAGGUUUGUCAUCAGCCUCAUUGGAAAUCACUGGUGCCGAUAGUGGUCAUGAACUAAGUGGUUUAUUCUCCGGCAAUCUUUCCUUAGAUGUAGCUGAAGGUUCCACAUGGAGAAUGAAUCGCAGUGGUUUCUGUGGGAUGCGAUCAAAGAAGUUUAAUGGCUUUAUUGACUUGGAUUCAUACGAUACAAUAGCCAUGCGACUUAGGGGGGAUGGAAGGUGCUACAUAUCUACUAUAUACACCGAGAACUGGAUAAAUUCACCGGGACAGCAGGAAGACAACUCAUGGCAAGCUUUUGUUUUUGUUCCCAAGGAUCAAUGGCAUAUUGCAAAGAUCCCUCUAGAUCGAUAUUUACCAACAUGGAAAGGCAAUGUGAUCAGCACAAAGGUGGAGAUGAAUCCAUCACGCAUCCUGGCCAUGUCUCUUUCUGUCAAUGCGGAAGGUGGCAUUCCGGGUGCUAAAUCCGGACCUGGAGAUUUCAGACUUGAAAUUGAUUGGAUCAAAGCAUUGAGAACAUAGUGUUCUAUCUACAACCCAGUUUCUUGAGCAAGUAUUUAUCCUCGGGGGUGCUAGUCCCAUGUCCCCUUUGAAAUUUUUUCCUAGCAUAAAUUGCAGUCACUUCUACACCUGUAUACUGUAUACAUCAUUAUUGAAUGUUUCACUUUUUCUCCUGAAGCUCAACAUGGCAUCUUACCUGUUUCUUUUC